GUGGCGCCAUGGAGACGGACGGCGAGCGCAGCCUGACCGACUCGGACGACGGCUCGUCCGCCAGCUGGGUCAUCCUCAGCGAGGACGGACACAUCGAAGAUGACGAGGGCGCCUACGUCGACGGAGCCGGCGCCGCGCCGGAGUCGGAGCCGGAGCCGCGGGCUGCGGACGGCGGCGACCCCGUCGCGGGGGUGGCCGGGGCGGACGGGGCGCCGGCGGAGGAGGAGAUGACGCACAGCGGGGGCUCGGACAGCACGGUCGUCGAACGCUGCGAUGUCGCCGCCGGCGGUGCGGCUGCGGCGGACGGGGCCGAACGCGUACGCCUGGAAGAAGGCUCGGAUAUCGAGGUCAUUCCGGGGGAGCAUCACGAGGACGAGUACUUCGAGGAUGACCCGAUGGACCUGUGCCCCAACGACUCGGACGAGGAGGCGGCCGCCGUCCAACUGCUGGGAUCGCUGCCCUCUGACACGGUGCUGCGCCGCCGGCCUGGCCGUGACCGCGACCGGGCCGAGCCUGAUCGGGACCAGCCGGACCCGGACGGCCGGGACCCGGACCAGCGGGCCCCGGACCAGCGGGACCGGGCCGAGCCGGACCCGGGCCGCCGGGACCCGGUCCAGCGGGACCCGGACCAGCGGGACCGCUGGGCCGAAGACACGGACCUCUCGUCUCAACCGGAGCAGAUGGUGCCGGACGAGGUCAACGUCAGCCGCCUGCGCCAUUACGUGCACCAGCGCAACAACGCCGUCAACCACCUGUUGACCGUGCUGCUGGUGCUCUGCGUCACCUGCGUCGUCGGGUUCGGUGUGGGUCACUUCCUCGGCUGGAUCCACCACCACGAGAUGACGGAGGAGAUCGUACACUCGCUGGACGAAAAGCUGGACGUGCUGCGGGACGACUUGAUGACGUGCAUGACGACUGAGGAUGACCAGGACCUGGACAACAAGUGGAUCAAGGAGCUGCUGAACGAGAACGAGGCGCUGCUGCACCAGCUGCAGGGUGACGACGGGGACGGUCCGGACUCGUCGCACUGCUCCGAAGGUUACGCCCGUCUGCGCGACCAAGUGAACCAACUCCGCAUGGAAAACGACGAGCUGAAGGCCAAUAUCGCUAAGAUGCGCUACGGGACAGCGUCUCAGGACGGCCACGUGCUGCGCCGCCACCGCGACCAGAUCAACCAGCUGGUGACGGAGAACGGCGAGCUGGCGCGUGAGCUGCGCCGCACGCGCUACGUGCAGCCGCUGACGGAGGGGCGGGCGGAGGCUGGGCCGGCAGUACUGAAGUCCCCAGACUCGGACGACUCGACCACCUCUCCGGCCGUCGACGACACCUCGUCCUCCUCUUCCUCCUCGGAGGAGCAGGAGACGGAAGACGAGUCGUCGACUGACGAGGGCGGUCUGCUGUCGGUCUUGCUGGGCUGGCGGCCGGCUGAGGACAGCGAGCCGCUGCAGGGCGCCCGCCGCCGCCUCUGGAGCCUCUGGCAGGAGGCCACCGACUUCAGCCGCGCCGAGCCCGCCAGCAAAUACGUCAAGAUGGCUGGCAAGACAAUGGCCAAGGUGGAGAAGACACUUCUACGCGCUUACAAGCAGGUGCGCGAGUUCGGCGAGGCGAUACUGGAGGACGCCGAGGGCGGCGGCGGCGCGGAGAAGGUGGCUGCCAAGCUCGGCAGGAAGGUAGACAAGGUGGUGGCCAGGCUGGACGCCCAGUGGCAGCGGAUGCGGCAGCGCUGGACCCAGAAGGUGGAGGCGAAGGAGGCGGGCGGCGUCCCGCACUCGGCGCCCGCGCAGCCGGUGGUCAUCCCGCCGCCGGGACCGCCGCCCAACGCCACCGACCCGUCCGUGGCCGCGUUCUACGCACGCCGCUCGCGCCACCGGCACCGCGCCCGCCAACAGGAGCAGGACGAGCCGGCCAACUGGCAGCUGAGCCGGGCGCAGUCGCGCGCCGAGCGUCGCGGCGCUAAGCGCGUCGGCGGCGGCAGCUGGCUGCUGGAGCGGGCCCGCGCGCGACAACAGUUCCGCCGGCGGCGCGGCGAGGAGGAAGAGCUUCCGCGGCCAGACAAGAGAUGGCGCGAGGAGCGACAGCGUCAGCGCGGCGACUGGCAGGCGCUGGAUGACGACGAUGACGAUUGGGACGAUGAUGACGAUGACUACGGAGACCACGCCGCCAGGGUGGCACGCCUUAUGCAGGCCAACGCUCGCUUCCAAGAAAACAUUCAAAAAACGGUCCAGCGCCACGCUGCUAAAAUUAACAGAAAGGUCCGUGAAAACCACUGGAAGCAUUUUGCAGGCAGAAAGCGGCACGAAUAUCCCAAUUCAAUGCGAGCUUAGUGGUCGAUUGUGUAUACCUAAAGCUGUGCUCGCCUGUCGUGAGUGAUGGUCCGCUAAAACUGUCCCGCCUUUUGGUCGAGCCGGGCCCGUGAUGCCAGGUCCAGCGAGUGGAGAGUAGCCGCAGCUCCCCGCUCCCAUUCUUGGAGCUUCGCUGGGAACAUGUACGUCCAUUUUCCGAACGAGUUUCGGACCAUUUAUGUACGCGGUCACAUGGACCACGCUAGGGACCCUGCUUUGCUAUCUUUCGUUAAGAUAAGAUGGUUUUAAGUUGACCGGUCUUUAUUUCCGAUGCGCGGUUAUCGUAAGGUAAUUGUGGUUUUAAGCUGUGGGCGUUCGUUUACGACGCGCGUGGCGCGGAGGCGUCCCGCUGUAAGUUUGGGUGCUGUGAUGUGCUGUGUGUAGUGUACAUGGUUGGAUGCCGGACUGUAGAAAGCUGCUGCACGACGGUAGUUUCGCUGCGAACAGUCCCGACUGGCAGCACGUCGGCUAGCUUAGCCUAUCUUCCCGCAUCCCCGGACAUUAUUGUAAGUCAUAAGGCGAAGCAAGAUAUUCCUGGUCGCGGGGUUGCGCAUCCCUUGGGCGACCGUAGGCCUGCAGUGGCCCGCGCCUCCACUGCCUGCUCGGUUUAUGCAUUCGUGGCGCCCGCAAGACGCCCUGGAUGUACACUGGCGCGGCGCGAGCGAUCCCUGUUAGAGCGGGCUACAUAAGACGUGUUUGAUAUGUACAGUACCAUGCGGCUGUUGCCAAGUGGGCUCCAUCCGCAGGUGGCCGGGGCCGGGCACGUCCAGCUUCGAGGCGCCCCGGUUGGGAAAUACAAGUCUUUCGGCGAGCGGGGCCGCCGCGUCAAUGCUUGUACCGCUGUAUGUAGACCAUGGAAUGCAGCAAUACACUGGCGAGCGUUCAG